CCUCCUGCUGCUGCUGCUGAGGCGGGUUGUGCUCCUUCGGGCGUCGGGGAAUUCCUCCUCCUCUCGUCUCUCCCUCGCUCGGGGCCAAAAGGGCGACGCCACCAUGAUGUCGGGCCAGUCCAUCACCGACCGCAUCACGGCGGCGCAGCACAGUGUCACCGGCUCGGCCAUCGCCAAAGCCGUCUGCAAGGCCACGACCCACGAAGUCAUGGGCCCCAAGAAGAAGCACCUCGACUAUCUAAUUCAGUGCACAAACGAGAUGAACGUGAAUAUUCCGCAGCUGGCAGACACCCUUUUCGAGAGGACGGCGAACAGUAGCUGGGUUGUAGUGUUCAAAGCUCUAAUUACAACGCACCACCUCAUGAUGUACGGAAAUGAGCGCUUUAUCCAGUACUUAGCAUCUCGAAAUACACUGUUUAAUCUAAACAACUAUUUGGAUAAAAGUGCCAUGCAGGGCUAUGAUAUGUCUACCUUCAUCAGACGAUACAGCAGAUACUUGAAUGAAAAAGCACUUUCUUACAGACUUGUAGCAGUUGACUUCACCAAAAUGAAAAGAGGGAUUGAUGGUGUAAUGAGAACAAUGAAUACCGAAAAACUUCUGAAAACCCUUCCAAUUAUUCAGAAUCAACUUGAUGCACUUCUGGAUUUUGAUGCAAACCCAAAUGAACUAACAAAUGGUGUAAUAAAUGCUGCCUUCAUGCUCCUCUUUAAGGAUUCCAUUAGGCUGUUCGCUGCCUAUAAUGAGGGGAUUAUUAACCUGUUAGAAAAGUAUUUUGAUAUGAAGAAGAACCAGUGCAAAGAAGGUCUGGAUAUUUACAAAAAAUUCUUAGCCAGAAUGACCAAAUUGUCAGAAUUCCUCAAAGUGGCAGAGCAAGUUGGAAUUGAUCAGGGUGACAUUCCAGAUCUUACUCAGGCUCCCAGUAGUCUGCUUGAAGCGUUGGAGCAGCAUCUGGCUUCCCUGGAGGGAAAGAAGACAAAGGAGGUUUCAGCCGCCAGCAGAGCAAGCACACUGUCCAGUGCCGUUUCCACACUUGCCAAUACGGGAAUGUCCUUCAGCCGAAUGGACGAGCGAGAAAAACAGCAGGCGUUGGAGGAAGAGCAAGCUAGACUGCAAGCGCUAAAGGAGCAAAGACUGAGAGAAAUUUCCGUGGUCUCAAAUUCAACCUCUACGUCUGCCUCUCCGAGUACUGUAUCAGGGAAGAGUGUGAAUACCAAUGCUGCUGUUGACCUCUUUGCAACACCUGCCCCAACCACCAAUAGCAUGCCCAACCUUUCUACUGAUCUCUUUGACCUUCAACCUGCAUUUGUCCCAACGGUACAGAGUACCCCAGCCAUUGCGACUUCAGCAAGCAGUGCCUGGGGAGGACCUUUCUCAUCCACAAAUGGUUGUGUCGGGUCUCCGCCCCACCUGGACCUCUUUGACAUGAAGCCAGUUGAAGAAGCUGUAAAAAGUACCGCCCCUUUUGUGACAUCCACGUUAAACUCCAAACAAACGGUGGAACUGUUUAGUGGAUACCCUCUUCAUUCGGCAUCCCAAAAAACUGCCUCUUCAGCAAUCAGUGUGGACUUUGAUGCUGUGUUCGGUGGAAAGUCAGCAGCGCAUGAGUUUAGAACCGCAACGGUCUUUAAUUUUGCAGAUGAUGUAUUACAACCGUCUGUACCAGCACAGAUUCAAAGAGGAGCUUUAGUUGGUCAACAAAGUGGAAGGAUUUUGGCCAAUGACCUUGAUUCUUCACUCGCUAAUCUAGUAGGAAAUCUUGGCUUUGGAGGAACACCAUCCAAAAAAUCCGACAUGCAGUGGAAUCAGCCUACAGAAAAGAAACUUACUGGCGGAACCAACUGGCAAGCGAAAACAAGCACCUCAACCACGUGGAACCCGGUCCCUACCCCUCCUGCUCCACAGAUGGUACCUGCUCCAGUAACCUACCCAGUGAAUACACCUCAAGUGCCUGUGUAUGGAAUGGUACCUACUCAGAUUGGAGCUACUCCUAUUAUGGCACCCCAACCCAUGAUUUAUACCCAGACAGGUCUAAGGCCAACCAACCCCUUUGCACCUAUCUCUGGAACACAAAUACAGUUUAUGUAGAUCCGCCAAAGCAGCAAGACACUUUGUCAACCAAAUAUUGGUAGAAAGAAGACGGAACUUUUAAGCUGCAGUCUUCGCCAGGGCACAUACCUGCUUCCCCGUACAAUAUAAAUUACUUGGAAUUGCUGUGCUGUAGAGGUUCUUCUUAUAACAGUCACUAUGGUAUGAAAUCAUGUUUGGUUUUGAGCUGUGCAAGACUGUGUUCAGUGGGAAACUGAAGCAUUAUGAAACUGAAGGUCAGCAACGUGUAAAACAAACAAAAAAACCCUUGACUUUCCCUUAUUGAAGAGAGAAGCUUACUUAUGAUUCCCUUGCAGCCUUUUUUUUUUUUUAUUCGGCAAGUAGAUAAUUCAUAGUAAGCUUAAAGGAGGGUGUAAUGCUUUCUAUUUAUUGGGUUGUUUUUUUUCUCCCUGAACUCUUUAUCACCGAUGUAAUCCUGACACCACUGAAUGAAGUUGAGCAAUAAACCUUUCAGGUACUUCCCAGUAGGACCUGAUCCAAUAACUAUCCUUGCGUUACAAUAAAUGCCAGUAGCGUAUGAGAUCCAAACUGCUUCCCGCCCCCCCCCCCCCCCCGGCGUUAGGCGAGCUUCUUCUCGUUCACAGGUUUUGUACUGUGAGUUUUCAACGCUGUGAAUCGACUUAACUUAGAUGUAGGCCGCGUAUAAGCAGGAAAUGUAGUCCCCUGAGGCGGCCGCAGAGUCUUCUCGUGCCAAGCGACAGAACUGCUCUUUGGCAGAGCGUGGAGUCCGACUGUGGUCCGAGGACAGUCGAACAUUUCAGAGUAGCGAAUGUUGCUCCAGCGCAGGCGGCAUUUAGCUGCAUUUCCUCACACCGAACACCCCGCCCCCCCCCCCCCCGACCACCACCACCAAUGUACAGAUAGCAGGAUCGUUCCUGACUCUAGUAAGAGAUGCCUUCACGUCCCAGAAAAAGCCCACCCGCAGUCAGCCGUGGCAAGUUUGCCCUUUAUUUAAGAUGUAUGAUAUCAGCGUUUUCUUUCUUAAUCGUUUCUCAGUUACAGUGCUGCACUUUAAGAACUGGAAAAAAAACCACCAUAUUCCUGAAAUCUUCCACCCUUUGUGCAUAGCGUGAGGCCUUUGCUAUGGAACAAAAGAAAAAAAAGAGAAAGCCUUGUCACUACAUAAAAGGAAUCGAAUAAGGGUGUGCGUGCUCAUGUAAAUAUUUAUAAACUUUUAAACUGCAAAAUGGCUGCAGAAUCUCCCCCCUUCCCCCUUUUUUUUAACACGUACACAAUGCAAAUAUUAUAUUGCUUAAGAAAUUUAGCUCGGGUUUUUUUCUGUGUUUUUCUUUAAAGCUCAAAUUAUUCUCCUUGAAGACGCACACGAUCUUAUUGCAAUGUAAGAGAGCACACAGCUAGGUGUUGCUGAUGCAGCUGGACGGUCCGUGAUUCUCAACAGUCCCAAAUUUAAUACAAGGAUUAUGUUCCUUAAAUUACAGUGUAAUUUGACACAUGCAGUUCAGGACACACUUAGGAGGGGAGCCUGAAAGAAAAAGGGGAAAGUAUUGAGCUUGUCAUGGAAGGACGGUUCCAAGUCAUAGAACGACCCCUGCUUCUCCUUUCAGACCUCUGUAGUGAUUUAUUUUCUGAUCUGAAAACCCAGUGCAGCACCCGUGAUGGCAAGAAGGUUCUAUAUCGAUGCCCACCUGGCUGUCUUCCUGAAGCUGGACCCUUUUGUCAUUAAAAACAUCCUUUAUUAUUAUUUUUUUUUGAAACGCAACACUUGUGUUUGAUUUUCCAAACUUUUGCCAAGGGGCAGCCUGUGCACCUGGGAAAGGGUUUUACAGAAGCAAAAAGUACGUUUUGUAAAUUGAGCUGUGUCAAAUGCAAGAAAACGAUUCUUCUCUUAAGUGUCUUUUUGUGUUUGUUGAUCUUGUGCCAAGAAUGUAAAAAAAAAAAAAAAGCUUGCUUCAAAUAGGAUAUACUUGUUUUGUCAGACUAAACAUGACUUUUUUAAAAAAAGAAUCAUUUUUACAUACGUGCUUGGAAUUUGUAACCACUAACUUUGUAUGGAUUAAAUGUUGCAAGUGGGGAAAAAUCAUGUUUUAGACCAAAAUCUUGGACAUGUACUGGCAAAGACAUAAACUGGAUGCAUGUAUAGUAAUUAAAUGUGGAAAAGUGAAUUUUAAA